AUGUCGCAAGAUAACGCAAAGCCUACCCUACGAAAGCUCUCAGAUGAGGGCCUCGAGAAGCUCAAAGAGCUAGAGGGAUUUAAGCCGUUCCCUUCGCCAGAUGGCAAAAAUGGAUAUAGCGUGGGAUAUGGGAUAAAUUCGAAUGGGCAGCCGAAAUUAUACCAUGAGGCGGUCGCCCAAAUCAAGAAGACGGGUCGUGGCCUUACAAAAGAAGAAGCAGAGUCUUACACGAAAAGAGCUAUGCCAGAAUAUGAACGAUCCGUGAGGAACUUGAAGAACUCUGAGAACCUUAAGCAGUGCCAGUUUGAUGCAGUUUCUAUCAUGACUUAUAAUAAAGGGGGAUCUGGCAUGCGCCGGAAGAUUCGAACAUUCAUAGAAGACGGCGAUAUGAAGGCUGCCUACCAUGCAAUCCUGAAUGACGAUACGAAGGGAAGUGGUGGGGAAAACCUCAGCAGCCGUAGAGCGAAGAGGCGACUCUCUUCGCCAGGGACGGCCUCGUCGACCCCGUUGAGAUCCCAACUCAGCGCUUGGAGGGGUCUGGAUGGCUAUAGCGGCAGAACACCAAGUAGAAGGGUUGGCGGUGGAGAUGUGUUCGGGUCAGUGGCAGUUGGCGGUGCUCUCGGUGCAGCUGUUGGAGGAGGAGGUACAAUCGCCGUGGGCAGCACCACCGUGACAGUUGGUGCUGUGGUGUCGUCGACUGGAACCCAAAUCGCCGUCUCAGUGGCUUUCUUGAACCCCUUGGUCGCCCUGGGAAUUUGGGGCACGCUUGUUGUCGUUGGCAUCGGCGCUGGUUAUGUUGCUGCGUGCUCGAAGGGGAAAAACAAAACCAAGAUGACAGCCUAA